AUGAGCAUCACCAUCACUGUGGAGAAGGACGGCUUCUACGAGAUUAACGGAGAAAGCCGUGAGCCCACAAUCAAUCUGUACAUGAUUGCCGGGGCUACCAAGCUCCGCAGACAGCUCCGUGAAACUGACGAGUUGAUCGUCUGCCCGGGAGUCUACGAUGGCCUGUCCGCACGGAUUGCCAUGCAACUUGGCUUCAAGGCCCUCUACAUGACCGGUGCGGGAACAACCGCCUCUAGACUCGGCAUGGCAGACCUCGGGCUGGCCCAGCUGUACGACAUGAGGACCAAUGCGGAGAUGAUCGCUAACCUGGAUCCCUUUGGCCCUCCUCUGAUUGCUGAUAUGGACACUGGAUACGGAGGCCCCCUCAUGGUCGCAAAAUCCGUCCAGCAAUAUAUCCAAGCCGGCGUGGCCGGUUUCCACAUCGAAGACCAAAUCCAGAACAAGCGCUGCGGCCAUCUUGCAGGCAAGAAAGUCGUCUCCUUGGAUGAGUACCUCACGCGCAUCCGCGCCGCAAAGCAGACCAAGGACCGCCUCCGCUCAGAUAUUGUGCUGAUUGCCCGCACCGACGCGCUGCAGCAGCACGGCUACGACGAGUGCAUUCGCCGUCUCAAGGCGGCACGGGACAUUGGUGCGGAUGUAGGAUUGCUGGAGGGAUUCACCUCCAAGGAGAUGGCGCGCCAGGCUGUCCAGGAUUUGGCCCCGUGGCCAUUGCUGCUCAACAUGGUUGAGAAUGGGGCCGGUCCAGUGAUUACAACAAAGGAGGCUAAGGAGAUGGGGUUCCGGAUUAUGAUCUUCUCAUUUGCCUCACUGGCUCCUGCGUAUCUGGGCAUCAAGUCUGCCUUGGAGCGGCUGAAGAACGAGGGAAUCACGGGCAUCCCUGAGGGGCUGGGGCCCAAGAAGCUGUUUGAGGUUUGUGGGUUGAUGGAUUCGAUGAGAAUCGACACAGAAGCGGGAGGAGAUGGGUUUACCAACGGCGUCUAA